GGAACGCGCACACAUUCCUAUUGUCCAAGAUGGCGGUGUCGGUGUAGCUUCACCGAUGCUGACAUGUUUUUAAACGACUUUACGCUUUUAUUUCGGUGUUCAUGCACUUAUUUAUUAUUCGUGACGGUGGCGCUUUUUAAUUGCAGCUGUCGUGUGCCGCCUUCUUUUCGCUGAAAGGCGUGGAAUCCGCUCGGCUGGCCGGGUUUGUCUUUGCAGGCAGUGAAAAGUUUGAGCUCCAUCGUCGUUUUAGGAAAAAAAAAAAAUGAAGCGGCAGGCCGGGAGGGAGAGCAGCCCGUCCAGGGCCAUCGCCAAACGGAUCCGGGAGCGGGAGCGAGAGAGCGGCCGGCGGGAGGAGCUGCCUCCUCCUCCUCUGGCUCUGCUGCUGGCGGACAGCCGCGGGUAUCACCGGCGGAGCCGCAGCAGGGAGCGGGAGAAGCCGCGGCUGCGGGAGGAGCGAGCGGCCGCGCUGGAGCUUCACCACCGGCACGAGCUCAGCCUGCUCGGCCGCCCUCCGCUGAGGACCACCGCGGCCACGACGGCGGCGGCGGCGGCGGCAGCAGCAGCGGCGGCGGAGCUCCCCACCGCCCGGCCCGGCACUCUGGAAUACAAAACGCUGCUCAUCAGCAACCUGGGCUCGCAGGUUUCGGACGAGGACGUGGAGGACGCGCUGUUCCACGACUUCAAAAAGUUCGGGGACGUGAGUGUCAAGCUGUCGCACACGCCCGAGCUCGGCCGGAUCGCUUAUGUAAAUUUCAGGCACCCGGAGGACGCCAAGGAGGCCCGGCACUCCAAGUCGUCCAGGCUGAUUUUGGGAGAGCGGCAGCUGAAAAUCGAGCCGAUGUACGUGAGGAGGCGGAGCGUCACGCCGCCGGAUGUGAGUUAUUUGGCUCUGCACCCGGCCUACUCCUACCGGCAACGUUCCCUGUCUCCUCCGGGCCCCGGGGCCAGCAGCAUCAGGGACCUCAGAGCCAGGCAGUACGCCUUGGAGACGCUGGGACUGAGCAGGGAGCGGGAGCGGCUCUUGGAUUACUACAGCAUGCUGGAUGAGAGGGGUAGGCCUUUUGUCUUCCCCCCUGUCCCAGCAGUGGAGGAUUUAAAACCAGAGGACGACCAGAGAGCGACCAGCAACCUUUUUAUUGGAAACCUGGAUGGGAAUGUCACUGAAGCAGAUCUAAGGCGGGCUUUUGACAAGUACGGUAUCAUUGAGGAUAUUGUGAUUAAGCGCCCCUCCCGUGGUCAGGGUGGGGUGUACGGUUUUGUGAAAUUCCAGAACCUGGACAUGGCUCAUCGGGCCAAAGUGGCUAUGCAGGGGCGGCUGAUCGGUGGCAACCUGGUGAAAAUCGGUUACGGCAAAGCAAACCCAACCACACGGCUUUGGGUUGGCGGUCUUGGUCCUGGGAACUCCUUGGCGGCCCUUGCACGGGAGUUUGACCGGUUUGGGAGCAUAAGGAAUAUUGACUAUGUUAAAGGGGACAACUUUGCUUACAUUCAGUAUGAGAGUUUGGAUGCCGCUCAAGCCGCCUGUACGCAAAUGAGGGGCUUUCCUCUCGGUGGCCCCGAGCGUCGCCUGAGGGUGGACUUCGCCAAAGUUGAGGAAAGCCCUUCUCGUCCAUUUCCCACUGCUUACCAGCCUGCUCUCCCUCUCUCCUCUCAUUAUGACCUCCUGGGGGAGGUUUACAGCCGCCACCGCAGCCUGGAAAGAGAGCUAAGGGUGGCAAGAGAGCGCUCGUCCCCGCCCUCCCACAGCCUCCUCCCCCAGAGAGAAAGGGAGAGGGCCCUCCUGGAGAGAGACUACAGCACCAGCCCCACUCGCAGCCUGGAGAGGAGAGUGGCAGCGGUGGAGGCGUUUGGGCGAGGUGGAAGAGCAGUCAGGAGCCGCAGCAGGAGCAGGGAGCGUUGGCUUAAAGAGAGGGAGGAAAGGAGGACCAAGAGGAGGAGCAGAAGUCGGAGUCUGUCAGUGGAUAGACAAACAGAGGAGAGGGAGAGAGACAGGGAGAAAGAAAGGGGCAGGUCUCGGCUUCGAGGACAGGGAGGUGUUGUAUCUCCUGAAGCCAGCCCAGACCGAGCACGGGUUCGAGCCCCUGACUCCACCACAGAGCCAAGAGACCACUCUCCUGAUAGCGGCGGAGCAGGAAGACACUCAUCCACUAACGAAAACGAGCCGGCAUCUGGCCGCCACCACAAUAAACGAUCAUCCAGCGAGCACCUCAACAACCAUCAUCAUCAUCGCAACAGUGAGGUCAGCGCCACCGUCCACACAGACACGCAUGCCGUGUCCGCUCCAAGCACUCUGUCCGAAUUCGCCCGGGCCACCCUCUCCAAAACGUGGCACGGUUUCUUUGCACUGAAGAACAGCAGCUUCCCCACAGACCUCUACCUGCUGGAGGGCGGAGCCUCUUUCUUCAACACUGUGAUGAAGGAGAGCCUGAAGCUGCAGAGCCAGAACCAGCCCAGCCAGCUGAAGAUCGCCCAGAGGCUCCGCAUGGACCAGACCCGUCUCGAUGAAGUGUCACGCCGCAUUAAACUGGGGCGGCCUGGCGGGUUCGCCAUCCUGCUGGCUCUGCAGGGCCCCGUCGACCGCCAGGGCCCUGCCCCCGAACCAGGACUGCAGGUACGCCUGCUUCGCCACCUUGUGACCUACCUGCGGAACAAGGAGGCGGCCGGGGUGGUGAGUCUGUCUUCUUCUAAAGAGGGUGGGAGUGGCGCUAUGCUGUAUGCCUUCCCUCCUGGAGAAUUCUCUCAGCAGUUCCUCCAGGCAGCCAAAAGGACUGUGGGUAAUCUGGAUGAGGAGCACAUGGUUAUUGUGAUUGUCAGUGACACUAAUUGAUUCUUGGAGUUUGCAGGUUGACACUGAGGUGUACAUAUGUGUACAGACACUGAAGAACGCACUACCACACACAUUUUAAAGGACCGCAGCAACCGUUUUGCAGGUUUGAGCCCAAAUUGACAAACAUGUUCCAUUUCUGGUACAGAAACACGGGUGCAUGCGUGCGACGAGAACAAUGUAGUUAAAGCAUUGGACGUUUUUUUAGCAUUAGGUGGUUUACCUCAUUCAUGAAUGCUGUUAAAAUUGGGCAUGUUUUAAAAGCAUUUUUGUGUACCAAAAACAAAACAAAAAGACACUUAUUUUUCUGCACAGUGUUCAGCUCCUGCAGUGCAAAUCUGGCUCAAAGUUACAUAAUCAGUUGUAUUGUAAAAUUGGGAAGUUAACAAAAAAGCAGAAACCAGUAUUUUUUUUUAACAUGAUUCAGUAAAAAUAAGUGUCUAUUUUUAUUUUUUAGCUGACUUAAAUUUUGUUGUCAGACUCCUGACAUAUUAUGAUACAGCUGAAGAUGGAAUUCUGUUUUAAGUUUUUUUGUUUGUUUUUUACUGCCAAAACAACAACAAAAAAUCAGGUUUCAGUGUCCUUUUUGUUUGUUUGUUUGUUUUUGUUAGUGCGCAGAAUGUUGAAAAUAUGACAUGGGGGGGUCGACGACGAUGACAAUGUUCAUUUUAAUCCCUAGAGUUUUGGUGUCAUGAUUUUAAUAGCAUCCCUGAAUGAACUGCUCAUAGUGGAAUUUUGAAGGAGUUCGCAAAAAACAAAAAAGGUUUUAAGAUUAAUGUUGGGAAAAUGUUCCUGUAGCAUAACACCAACCUUAAAGCAGCUUUCACAUCUGGCCGAGUUUUCCCAAGUAGCAGCUUGACAGAACUUGUUUAUAUACCUCAGGGGGAACUGGGUGUAGCUCGACACAAAUUAGGUAAAACAUGACAAAACUCAUAUCCGCGUUGAACCUUCAAAAUUUUGGGGAACUCAGUCAAAAUCUGUCUAGCUUGGCUUAAGAUACAUUCAACUGGUGUAGCUCGGUGCAACUCUGCAUCCAUUUUUGUGCACAGUUUAUCCAGAGUGUACGCCGAGUUCCCCCAGUUUGCAUACAAGUUGUGCUGAGUUGGCACUCGUGAAAAGUUGGCGCGAGACUUGUCCAGUUGUUGGAGCUUCUCACCCCCUGAACCAUGGAAAUCAGUAGAGGCGCACCAGAUUAACAUGGCGCAAAUUGUCACCAGACUCAGGCAGGUAUGAGGGUCAUUUAUAUAUUUUGGGCGAAAAUGCAAAAUGAGGUUGGUCCUUUGACAAAACACAGAAUACACUACAUGACGUAUAGUUUUCUUACUAAAUGCCUCUCAACGUUUGCUCGGCCAUCGUCAGGAGGCAGGAAUGGCAGAUUUUGGCAUGAAGCAGUGAAAUGGUUUGAGGAAAAGCGGAUUUAAAUAUCCACACAGCUGCUGUACAUGCAGGUAUUACUGAUGCUUUUCUACUCUGAUCUGUCAAACACUAAAUUUGAGGUGUUUGUCUUUUAUCCAGCUGGUCAUGUUGGUAUGUAUAUCCAGUGUAAGUGGGACUACAACGUUUUAUUUGGUGUGAUUGUACGGUAAAUGUUCAACGGUGCGAACUAUUGCGUGUUUCUGUUUUUUUAUAUAUAU